UCACUUCUCACAUUACCAUUUUAAAGUUACUUACUUGUUGCAUACGUGAAAAUGUAGACGAUUUCUGCAUAGUUUUUGCCUUGAAAGGCAUCUUUUAAUCCUUGAUCUCCAGGUGUAAUGUACGGUUUAUUGAAGGGAUAUGUGUCUAGAAAACCAACAGGCGAAGAUAGCAAUGAAGUGAGCGAAGACGAAACAACAGAUCCUGCAACAAGACACUCCGAAGGACUGCGAACUGUUCAGCUACAAAAAAGAAGCGAAAGCUCCAGUUAUGGCCGAUUCUUCUCUUGGGGAAUUGACGGAGUGUCUUAUCUAGGCAACCAAGUUAGAUCGAAAGUAGAUAAAACUUUGUCUUGGUGGUCUAGUUCAGAUACAGAASAAGAAAUCCCAACAAAGAUGGCGACGACAAAACGAAGUGGUCCACGACAGCCAGACGGAACGGUGGUUUAUUCGGUGAGUGGAAAUGAUACUCUCAACAAGAUAGCUUUACUCUUUGAUACUACACCGUCUGAGUUAACAAGAAUGAACAAGCUGACAUCUCGUAUGCUGUACCCAGGACAGGUAAAAUACCAGGAAAUUACCAUAUUAUUAUUAUUAGGGUAA